AUGGUUUUUACUUUUUGCUGAUUGAUAAUGAUAUGCAUGAAGGCAAGAAUCUUUAUCAUCAGGACUCACUCACUGGCACUACAAAACAAACAAUUAGCAUGUGUCCAAAACAAACAAAACACCUCCCUCCAUUGUAGUUUCCGCUUCUUCUUCUCCUCUAAAUCACCCACACAAAACCAUCAUUUUCUCAUCCCCCUCCACAACAAUGGAAAGCUUAGCACUUUUCACUUCAACAAUCCCAUCCUUCUCCACCUCUCGCUUCUCUCAUCACCUCAAAUCUCCCCCACUCUCUUCUCUCCACCUCAAACCCAUCUCUCCCCUCAGAUCACCAAUUCAUCAAAACCCAUCUUUUCUCUUCAAUCCUCACUCAAAACCCAUCAAAACCCACAAGCCAAUUCAACCCAUUUCAUCAUCUUCAACACCAAUCCCAAUCCCAGUCACAGACUCAAAACCCCAAGGUGCAAAGCUCAUUCCUUUGUUUUUCUCAGUUGCAGUUGGCCUAAUUAUCAGAUUCUUGGUUCCAAGGCCCAUUGAUGUGACCCCACAAGCUUGGCAAUUGCUUUCAAUCUUUAUUUCUACAAUUGCUGGUCUUGUGUUGAGUCCUUUACCUGUUGGUGCUUGGGCUUUUUUGGGUCUUACAACUGCAAUUAUUACAAAGACUCUAACUUUUUCAACUGCAUUUGGGGCUUUUACUAAUGAAGUUAUUUGGUUGAUUGUCAUUUCUUUCUUUUUUGCCCGGGGCUUUGUUAAGACUGGAUUAGGUGAUAGAAUUGCUACUUAUUUUGUGAAAUGGUUAGGGAAAAGUACAUUGGGUUUGUCUUAUGGAUUGACUUUGAGUGAAGCUUUGAUUGCUCCAGCAAUGCCUAGUACUACUGCAAGAGCUGGAGGGGUUUUCUUGCCUAUUAUUAAGUCGUUGUCGUUGUCCGCCGGGAGUAAGCCUAAUGAUCCUUCCUCGAAAAAGCUUGGGGCUUUUCUUGUGCAAUCUCAGUUUCAGUCCGCUGGUAACUCUAGUGCACUUUUCCUGACUGCUGCAGCUCAAAACCUGUUGUGUCUCAAGCUAGCUGAGGAACUAGGGGUCAUAAUUUCAAAUCCAUGGGUUUCUUGGUUCAAGGCUGCCUCUUUACCUGCAUUUGUAUCUCUUCUAGCCACGCCAUUCAUAUUGUACAAACUUUAUCCUCCUGAAACGAAAGAUACACCCGAGGCCCCGGCUAUGGCUGCUGCGAAGCUUGAGCUCAUGGGUCCGGUCACCAAAAAUGAAUGGACGAUGAUUGGUACAAUGCUUCUCGCGGUCUCUCUGUGGAUUUGUGGAGAUGCUCUUGGUAUACCGAGCGUUGUUGCUGCUAUGCUUGGCUUGUCAAUACUACUGUUGUUGGGUGUGCUUGAUUGGGAUGACUGUUUAAGUGAAAAAUCAGCCUGGGAUACUUUAGCUUGGUUUGCAGUUCUUGUGGGUAUGGCAGGCCAACUAACAAGCCUUGGUAUUGUAUCUUGGAUGUCUAACAGUGUGGCCAAAGCUCUACAGUCUCUCUCUUUGAGCUGGCCAGCUGCAUUCGGUGUUCUUCAGGCAUCUUAUUUCCUUAUUCACUACUUAUUUGCAAGUCAAACUGGUCAUGUUGGAGCUCUUUACUCUGCAUUUUUUGCCAUGCACUUGGCAUCCGGGGUGCCGGGUGUGCUAGCUGCACUUGCUUUAGCUUAUAACACUAACCUAUUUGGUGCUAUAACACAUUAUAGCAGUGGGCAGGCUGCUGUGUACUUUGGAGCUGGAUAUGUAGACCUUCCGGAUGUAUUUAAAAUGGGAUUCGUAAUGGCGCUUGUUAAUGCUGUGAUAUGGGGAGUUGUUGGGACAGUGUGGUGGAAGUUCUUGGGCCUAUACUGAUUUUUCUGUUCUGUACAAGUUGUAAGUAGAUUUUGUCUUUAUGUAGUUAUGCUCUUCGCAUGGUAGAAUGGUUGAGCAUGCCAGCAUCUUGUUUCUAUAAAAACCCUGACAUUUUUGCUUGCCAUUCAGUUGAAGCAAUUUUCAGCAUUACAGUGUAAAAUCGCCUCAUUAGUAUUUAAAUUGAAUAUGGUUAUAACCAA